GACUCCUGCCAACGCCACACGCUGUGAGGUGCCAGUGUCCUAACACCCACGGGUAGGAUAGGCUGUAGCUCUCCGUCCCUUGAACAUUUACAACAUUAAACAAAAGUAGCUUUAUUUACAACAUGUAGCCAACAGUACACGGUCUACAUACAAUUCUCGUUAAAAAAAAUAAUGGGUGUUUUGUGUAAGUUGUGUUUGAUGGCUUUGGUGUUGGCAAGAGUGGGGUGUAGACUGACAGGUCAACCUCGCUACUACACUGCUGCCUGUAACGUCGCCAAGGAACCUCUUUCAUGUCUUCAUCAGAUCGUUAACACGGAGCACGGUGGUGGUGGUGGGAGCUGCUGGAUAAGGAAGGUCUCAGGCCGGGAGAAAGAGAAAGGUAUAACAUUCUUUUUCCAAGACUACAUGCGAAUAAAUAAUGGGAAUCUUUGUCGUGUUGUGGACGUCCAAAACAUAUCCCUGCCACUCCAGGAUGACAUCCGCUGGGAUUGCCCUUUCUUCCCAAUUGACAUCAUCGGCCACACCCUAAGUCUAACUGUGUUGGAUGAGCGGGGACGAGGUGGUCUCUACACCUUCCUUGUGCCCAAUGGAACACAUGUUGACCCUUAUGAGACCAAGUUGGAAGACUGGAUAGUGUUCCAGUACCUGCACUGGAAGCACGUCCAGCAGAGGCUAGAAGUGCCGGUGACCAUCCAGUUGGCGCCCUUUGCCAAUGUUUCAUACAACGUCUCCCUUAUGCGUUGCCAAGAUGAUUGCAGUAACUUAGCCCUGACAGAUAACAAAACUUUUGAUGGACCUACAAGUGUGGACUUCCUGGAGGAGGACUCACCACAGAGGACAGAGAUAUUCCCUCUACCACACCCCGGCACCUAUGUCAUUACUACCCAGAUCUUCUCUCCUGGCUGCCCUGCGCAAGGAGGCUGCCGCCUCUCACGUUCUCCUCAGUUUGAUGUCAAGCAGAAUAUUGUGUUAGUUAACACUCUUGUUACAGUGACUGGUGUCUUGCUGAUCAUUGUCACCAUGUAUCUGGCCUGCUAUUAUUUGCAGCACAUGCGCAAAGCAUUUUACCAUAACCUGCAGAAGACCAACAGACGAACACUACUUUUGAUAUACCUCGCAGAAACCGAGGAACGCUUUAACCUAGUAGUCAAACUUGCGACUUUCCUGAAGGAGACCUGCUUCCUCAGCACCCUCUUGGUUGACCUACACAGCACCAGACAGGUGGGUGUAUUGAUCUGCUUCCUCAACACCUUCCUGGUUGAUCUACACAGCACCAGACAGGUGGGUGUAUUGAUCUGCUUCCUCAGCACCCUCUUGGUUGACCUACACAGCACCAGACAGGUGGGUGUAUUGAUCUGCUUCCUCAGCACCCUCUUGGUUGAUCUACACAGCACCAGACAGGUGGGUGUAUUGAUCUGCUUCCUCAGCACCCUCUUGGUUGACCUACACAGCACCAGACAGGUGGGUGUAUUGAUCUGCUUCCUCAACACCUUCCUGGUUGAUCUACACAGCACCAGACAGGUGGGUGUAUUGAUCUGCUUCCUCAGCACCCUCUUGGUUGACCUACACAGCACCAGACAGGUGGGUGUAUUGAUCUGCUUCCUCAACACCCUCCUGGCUGACCUACACAGCACCAGACAGGUUGGUGUAUUGAUCUGCUUCCUCAACACCCUCCUGGUUGACCUACACAGCACCAGACAGGUAGGUGUAUUGACCUGCUUCAUCAACACCUUCCUCGUUGACCUACACAGCACCAGACAGGUGGGUGUAUUGAUCUGCUUCAUCAACACCUUCCUCGUUGACCUACACAGCACCAGACAGGUGGGUGUAUUGACCUGCUUCAUCAACACCCUCCUGGCUGACCUACACAGCACCAGACAGGUGGGUGUAUUGACCUGCUUCAUCAACACCCUCCUGGUUGACCUACACAGCACCAGACAGGUGGGUGUAUUGAUCUGCUUCCUCAACACCCUCCUGGCUGACCUACACAGCACCAGACAGGUGGGUGUAUUGACCUGCUUCAUCAACACCCUCCUGGUUGACCUACACAGCACCAGACAGGUGGGUGUAUUGACCUGCUUCAUCAACACCCUCUUGGCUGACCUACACAGCACCAGACAGGUGGGUGUAUUGAUCUGCUUCAUCAACACCUUCCUGGUUGACCUACACAGCACCAGACACACCAGACAGGUGGGUGUAUUGAUCUGCUUCCUCAACACCCUCCUGGCUGACCUACACAGCACCAGACAGGUGGGUGUAUUGACCUGCUUCAUCAACACCCUCCUGGUUGACCUACACAGCACCAGACAGGUGGGUGUAUUGACCUGCUUCAUCAACACCCUCUUGGCUGACCUACACAGCACCAGACAGGUGGGUGUAUUGAUCUGCUUCAUCAACACCUUCCUGGUUGACCUACACAGCACCAGACAGCACCAGACAGGUGGUGUAUUGACCUGCUUCAUCAACACCCUCCUGGUUGACCUACACAGCACCAGACAGGUGGGUGUAUUGACCUGCUUCAUCAACACCCUCCUGGCUGACCUACACAGCACCAGACAGGUGGGUGUAUUGAUCUGCUUCAUCAACACCUUCCUGGUUGACCUACACAGCACCAGACAGGUGGGUGUAUUGACCUGCUUCAUCAACACCCUCCUGGCUAACCUACACAGCACCAGACAGGUGGGUGUAUUGACCUGCUUCAUCAACACCCUCCUGGCUAACCUACACAGCACCAGACAGGUGGGUGUAUUGAUCUGCUUCAUCAACACCCUCCUGGCUGACCUACACAGCACCAGACAGGUGGGUGUAUUGACCUGCUUCAUCAACACCCUCCUGGUUGACCUACACAGCACCAGACAGGUGGGUGUAUUGACCUGCUUCAUCAACACCCUCCUGGCUAACCUACACAGCACCAGACAGGUGGGUGUAUUGACCUGCUUCAUCAACACCCUCCUGGCUAACCUACACAGCACCAGACAGGUGGGUGUAUUGACCUGCUUCAUCAACACCCUCCUGGUUGACCUACACAGCACCAGACAGGUGGGUGUAUUGACCUGCUUCAUCAACACCCUCCUGGCUGACCUACACAGCACCAGACAGGUGGGUGUAUUGACCUGCUUCAUCAACACCCUCCUGGUUGACCUACACAGCACCAGACAGGUGGGUGUAUUGACCUGCUUCAUCAACACCCUCCUGGCUAACCUACACAGCACCAGACAGGUGGGUGUAUUGAUCUGCUUCAUCAACACCCUCCUGGCUGACCUACACAGCACCAGACAGGUGGGUGUAUUGACCUGCUUCAUCAACACCCUCCUGGCUGACCUACACAGCACCAGACAGGGUGUAUUGACCUGCUUCAUCAACACCCUCCUGGCUGACCUACACAGCACCAGACAGGUGGGUGUAUUGACCUGCUUCAUCAACACCCUCCUGGCUGACCUACACAGCACCAGACAGGUGGGUGUAUUGACCUGCUUCAUCAACACCCUCCUGGCUGACCUACACAGCACCAGACAG